AUGAGCAAGAACGAAGCUGAUGCUCGCCUUCGCGAGAUCGUCCUUGAUCCCAUCGGGGCGUCCCUCAAAGCUACCAAUGCUACCGACGACAGCAGAGCGUUUCAAGACCCUGUCAAAGAGGAUAUAUACUCUCUCUAUGAUGCUCGGACACUGGAUGUUUGGGAGAACCACAAUGGGGCUGCUACGAGGCUCGAGGAGCAUCCCUUGUCAAGAACGCUACCAGCGCGACUCUUUGAGCCAGACAGUCCUCGGGCUUCAAGGACCGAGAAGCUUGUAUUUCGUCUGCUGGUCACGCGUCCGGCAAUGGAUGCGAAUCAGGAAGCCUGGCAUGAUGACUUGAGUGAAGGGGGAAAGAAACAGAUCAAUUACCUGCCGUUUGCACCAGAGGCCGUACAGGAGCUCAUCACCAAAUACUAUCUUCCGGAGCAUUGGAUGUACCUGCGGAUGCAAGCUAGGGAAGUAGGCAAUUUUCACAGAGAGACAAGCUGGGAUUUCUCAAAGAAAGAGCCAAUUGCGAUCCGUCUUGGUAGGUAUAAACGGGUUCAGCUCAACGCGAAUGGAGCGCAGAAUCAUGCUAAUACAAUCGCUGCAGGUAUGAUAAUACAUUUUCCGUUUGUCCUUAGACCUGCAAGACAGCUCCAUUUCUUGCAACAAGAGGCUCAAGAUAAGAAGGGACGAGCUGUAGAUUACAGGAGACAAUACCCAGGAAAAUGGAGGAACGAAUACUAUCCUCAUCGCGACGACCCUUUCAUCUGGUCUUUUGCCAUGUCACAUAAUCUUCAAGAUGGUAAGACUCGAGGGAUAUUGGAUGGCCUGACGGACGCUGGUCUCCGCAACCUCCGAGAUCAGCUGUCACCGCCGGACAAGCAAGGAUGGUACGAGCAUCCCCUAGAUCUUCCAACGAUUCUUCUGAAGAUAUACUCUCGUCACACCCAGUGGGAGAUCAAUCGACUAGCAGAUGAUGUUGCAAGCUUCGAAGACGCAGCAAAGAAAGAGAAGUACAAAGAGAUAGACCAAUUUGACGACAUCACGACCCAGCUUGCAUAUUUGGAAAGGUCACUGAAUUUCGAACAGAACCUCACACAGUCACUGCUCGAUACUCUGCAGUAUCUCGAGGACAAGAUAUUCCCCAAAGCACUCGAGGUUGGAUCGACUAGCCAUACCACAUUCAUCCAGAGAACGAACCCACAAGUUCAGGAGAAGCUCACCAAUAUAGCGAGCAUGAUUCAGAACAAUCUUCAUACUUGUACCUACUUCCAGACACGGACCAAGGAUGCUCUUGAAUAUAUCAACGCAUUGAUGAAUCGAGAUGAUGCGGAAUUCAACCAGCAAUCGGUCGAAUAUCAGAAUAUGGGCAUGAAAUCCCAGCUCAAGGAUGCACAAGCCAACAAAACCAUCAGUAUCGUCACCAUGACGUUCCUGCCGGCAACUGCGGUAGCGGCCAUCUGCAGUAUGGGUGUGUUUGAUUGGCAACAGCCCGACAAAGUGCAUGUCAGCCGCCAUUUCUGGAUAUUCUGGGUGGUCGCCAUCACUCUGACCGCUCUGGUACUGGGGAUCUUCCUGAUCUGGAAACGAAGGCUUCAUGUUCGAGCGCGCCAGUUGAACCGCGAUAAAGAGGAAGAAAAGGCGAAGGAGGCCGAAGACAGCGACAACGACUCCGUGAUACCGGAUGAGCCGAAGUAUGGAGCUUCCAAACAACAGCAAGACAGCAAGACGAAAAGGCAACAUAUUCGACCUGUUGCCGAAGAGAAGCAAUCCCAGAUCUAUCAAGACGACGAGCGGGAGGAGCAGGUCAGAUCUUCCCGUCGUAGGAGUCGCCAUCGAUCUCACAGUAGAAGAUCUCGUACCACAAGUCGUAAUGGGGUGGCUCGGCCUGGUUUCGGUCGAACAGCAUCCGGGUUGAGCUUUAGAGGCGAGUCAGAAAUUGUAUAG